AUGGGCAAGAAUUCGCAGUCCAAGAAACAGACGAAACGAUUGCCUCCCACAAAGUCUCGCCUUCCUGGCCACUCUGAGUCCUUCACAGCCAACGCAUCCAUCAACGUCCAAAAUUCUUUUUUCCGUUUGGACAAGUUCGUCUUCUGGGAGAAAAAAACCGAAUUGAACAAGGGGGAUGUCGAUAAUAUCGCCAGGAUGGGAAUCAAAAAUCGUCCCGAGACCAGGAAUGAUAUCAUCCGACUACAGAAUCAGUUGAGUGAUGAGGAGCAGCGCUGGAUCAACCGACGUCUGAACGAAAGAGUAAGGAAGCUUGAGGAACAAGUUCGAUCAGGAGCGUCAGAGAUGCAAAUCAUUGCAGCACAUGCGCAUGAAGCCAAUCAGUACAUGAAAGGAGCUGUCACGGGCGCGGCAUUCGUCGUUUUUGUUGGACUGGUAAUUUGGACUGUUUCCUCGUUAUCAUCCAGGAACAAUUCCGCGAGAACCGCAGGCGACACCAACAAUGACGACGGGGAUGAUUUUGACGAUCAUGACUUUGAUGAUGGUUGGAGGGCUGCGGCAGCAGGCUCGUCCCUCGAAAAGUUGGAAUUUGCUAUGGCAAAGCUCCAGGAGAUGAAAAUCUAA